CCUUAAUCCCUUCCGGGAGGCUGAGAUGAUGCCACAUCACAAGAUUUGGUUCUAUUUGGUCCCCCUCAGGAAGCCAUUGAGAUUUUUCAGGAGAAUAAAAUGACAAAUACUGAAGGGGUGAAUAAAGGCAUUUACUUUAGCUACCCGUGUCGACGUCAAAGCUGUGCUUUGGUAAACAUCCCAGCACCAUGUGUCAACAAAAUGAUUUCUCACAUUGAAAGUGUGGAAUCUAAAAUACAAGAGCAUUUGCAACAGAGGAGCACAACUUCUUCCACAAAAGAGUGGAAGGAAGACGGGAGUCUUGCUACACCAGUGAAAGAAGUCAAACCAGAAGAAAGAGAUGAAAUGUGUCCAGAAUUAAAACAGGAAAUGAAAACAUUGGUAUCAGAGGCCAUUCGUCUCAUUAAAAGCCUAGAAACUGACCGUGCAGAAGCUGAAGAAGCUUUAAAACAACAAAAGUCCAGAAAGAAUGCGAUUCACAUAAAAAUUGAUUCGUGGUCAAUCUGGAGACUCCAAGAAAUCCCACUAGCUGUGCAGAAAGAACAUGAGGCCUACUUGAGAGAUAUUGUAGAAUUACAAUGGCAUAUUGAUGAUAAAGCUAAGCAACUAAAACAUCUUGAGGAACAAAAGGAAAAAUUGGAAGACGCUAAUGCAAAGCUUCAAGCAGAUGUAGACUACAUGAAUAAACAUGGCCCUCUAAUUAACUCAAAGCUGAACCAAGAACUUGAAGCUCUGAAAGAAUGUUGUGUAAAAAAACUUGAGGUAACAGGAUUAUACAAACAAGUUCAUGAUGAACUUGAAGAAGCUAAAAAAACCCAAAAGAUUGCCAAAUUGAAUGCCAAACAAACUAAACAAGACAUGGAAAAAGAUAUUCAAAAUGAUGAAGCAGCCCUAGAGGCCUACAAGAGAGAGCUUGAGAGACUUAAUGCUCUAAUUAGCCAUUUAUCUACAGCAGUAGAAAAUGUUAAUACUGAUAUUGAGGAGAAUGAAGAGGGAGUGACAGAAGUAUUAAAGGAAACAAAGACAUCAGAAACUGAAUUAUCUGCUUUAGUAACAAAGCUAGAUGAUUUGAAAAAAGUAUAUGAUCAAUUGUUGCGGAAGAAAAUAAGUUAUGAGAAGGAAUAUCUGGGAGCACUUAAUAAUUAUUAUGCAACAAAACAAACAUGGGAUAUUGAGCUUUCUAAUAUUGCCAAAGACUUUUCAGAUAUUUCAGUUGCAUGUGCUCGUUUGGAAGAAGAAAACAGAAAGCUCAAAAUUGAUAUUGAAACCAUAACAGGUCUUAUUAAUGACAGUAUAAGGAAAAAAUCAGAGUUUGAAUCUGAAAUCCAAACUUUGAUGAAACUAAGGUCAAAAUAUGAUGAAUUCCUUAAACCACUAUACAGGGAAGCUUAUCAACUUGGUGCUGCUUUUUGCCUAACCAAAUCUAAAACAGAGGAAUUAGAGCAGAAAAUAGCAGAAAUAAGAAGAAAAUUCAAGGGUAGAGAAGAUUUCUUGAAAAGACUCACUCGAGGUAAAGCGGCUAAUGGAAUGAUGAUUCAGAAAAGACUGUAUUCCAUUCAAGAAGAACACCUACUUGAGAGGCAGGAGCUUAUGGACAAGAAAGCAAUGCACACCCUCUCAGCGGCGGAACUCGAGACCUGUCUGCCUGAACUAGAAGAAGAGGCCAUGAGAAUCAGAGCUGCCCACAAAGAGCAUGUUGACAUAUUAAAUAAUAUAAUUGAGAGGAAAGAACAUGUUACAAGAAAUGUGGAAAAAGCAAAGAAAAAGUUGCAAAAAAGGGGGAAGAAAACUCGAGAUGCAAUAACAGAAACUGAGGAAAAAUACUUAAUGAUUUCUAAAGAAAUAAAGACCACUAAAAGUAAGACAAAUAUGUAUAAUGAAAAAAUAGAUCAAUUGAAUAAGGAACUAAGAGAAAAAGAGAAGGAAAAGACUAUUUGGGCUCAGACACUUAAGCAUUUAAAGAACCAGUAUGAAGCUAUAAAAUAUAAAAAGGAACAUGCUCAAGCUGUGUUUGAUCAGCUCGUAAGUGAGAAAAAAACCUGUGAAAGGAGACUCUAUGAGGAGGGACAGAGAUACACAACACUCACUACCAUGAGGCAAAACACUCUGGCAGAUAUUAAGAGUAAUUGCAGAUGCUCUUCCAUUGCUAUUAUUUUAAUUAGUGAUGAAGACUUUGCCAAGAUGUCGAAUUUCAAGGAAUUCUCCCACCGUCUUCUGUUUGUCCUGGCCAUACGUACUCGCGUAGGGUAUGGAAUAAUCACCAAAACAAAUGGAGCGAUAGUAAUAGGGAAGAUGUUUGGAGCCCAAGUGCUGAUCUUGUUCCCCCAAUUCAUAUGAACCGGACAUUAAAGCUAACUGGCUAUGAAAGCUAACAAAGUGAAUCCUGCAGUAGAUAGCCAGUGUGACUCCGCGUUGUACGCUCUUCUGCUGAGUUCUUCACUUUAUCUUUGAGGAAAACAUCAUCUAUUCCAGAAUCCAUCACCAGACUGCCUAAUAAAUAAAUAAAAGUUACAUAGCUGAAAAAUAAAAGAGAAAGAAAAGUCCAAAAAGAAACUUGUAACUAAUUUUUUUCAUGUGAAACCUAACUUUUGAACACAAUUAGCGGGA